GUGUCAGUCAUGAUGCAUUGGAGGACUCUCUGUGUCUUGCUCCUGGUUGGCACGAUUGCGGUCACCUGCAGAAAAAAGGGUCACGUAUCCGUUAUUCUUCUCGGGGCUACUGGAGACUUGGCUAAAAAAUACCUAUGGCAGGGACUCUUCCAGCUCUAUCUGAACGAAGUCUCAAGGGGCCACACCUUCAGUUUUCAUGGAGCUGCACUGACCGCUCCAGAAAAAGCCGAGGCCAUAUUGUUCAAUUCACUUAAGGGUCUGAGCUGCCCGGCUGAUGUCGAGGCGGACCGGUGCGCCCUUGUGAAGGACCAGUUUCUGAAGCUCACCCGUUACCGACAACUGAAGACAGCUGAGAACUAUACUGCGCUGCACCAGGACAUCCUCACUUCACUAGCAGAAGAAGAUCUUCAUGAAGCUGGCAGACUUUUCUACUUGUCAGUCCCUCCAUUUGCCUAUGCGAACAUUGCUCAGAACAUCAAUGGCAGCUGCCGGCCUCCCCCUGGAGCAUGGCUACGGGUGGUGCUGGAGAAGCCCUUUGGGCACGACUAUGAGUCUGCUAAGAAGCUGGCCAGUGAUAUGCAAACUUUCUUCCAAGAAGAAGAGAUCUAUCGGGUAGAUCAUUAUCUAGGAAAACAGGCAGUUGAACAGAUUCUGCCUUUUAGACGACGCAACUACAAGCAGCUAGACUCAAUCUGGAACAGGCAGCAUGUGGACAGAGUGGAAAUUGUCAUGAAGGAAACUGUUGAUGCAAAAGGCCGCACUAGUUUUUAUGAAGAAUAUGGUGUCAUACGUGAUGUCAUCCAGAACCACCUGACAGAAAUUUUAACCUUGGUUGCCAUGGAAGUGCCAAAUAAUCUCACCAACUCAGAUGAUGUCCUGAGAGCCAAACUGGAGUUAUUGGAUUCUCUGCAUCCCCUGGACAGCAGCAGGACUGUCAUUGGUCAGUACCAAAACUAUGUACAACAGGUCAGAGAGGAGUUGGAAAAACAUCCACAAUUUUUCACUAAAACACCGACCUUUGCAAGUGCCCUUAUCUAUAUUGACAACAUGCGGUGGGAAGGAGUGCCCUUUCUCUUAGUAUCGGGCAAAGAUUUGGAUGAGAGGACUUCAUAUGUCAGAAUUGUGUUUAAAGAAAAUGCUUUCUGCCUGCAAAAAGAAUCUGCCCGGGACACGGUGAAAAAUCCUUGCAAGCCCAGGCAGGUGGUAUUCAACAUUGGACACGGAGACCUGGGCUUUCCAGCUGUGCUAGUAAGUCGCAAUUUAUUCAAACCAAGCCUUGUACCCAGUCAGUGGGGAGAAGUGUCUGAAAUCUCGAAUGUCUUCGUGUUUGGUCAGCCUCUAUCUGAUUAUUAUGUAUACCGUCCAUUUCAAGAAAGAGAAGCUUACUCCAUACUUAUCUCAAAUAUUUAUCGGGGUAAGAAGGAUUCCUUCAUCACAACAAAAAAUCUACUGGCUUCCUGGAAGUUCUGGACUCCCGUCUUGGAGGAACUGGAGAGAGUUCCACCAAGAGUCUAUCCAGGAGGUUCAGAGACCGUUCAUUUGCUAGACUUUGUGACCGAGCAUGGCGAGCUACGUUUUCUGACGGAUGAACAUUUAGAGAUAAUGGGCAUGGAGCAAAAGACAAAUACAUUUGCUUCAACACAGUCCAUAUUUCUCGGGAACACCAUGGUGUCUAACUGGGCUGAACAGCUGAUACAGCAACUAGCGCAGGACAUACAAAGAGCAGCAGAAGAAGCUGUGAAAAUCUCGGGCAGCUUCCACCUGGCUCUCUCUGGGGGCUCCAGCCCUAUCGCGUUGUUUCAGAGAUUGUCUAGGCACCAUCAUGGCUUCCCGUGGAAACACACUCAUUUAUGGCUGGUGGAUGAGCGCUGUGUGCCAUCUACAGAUAUUGAUUCUAAUUUUGGCAGCCUUGAAAGACAUCUGUUGCAGCAUGUCCGAGUCCCCUAUGUAAAUAUCCACCCCAUGCCUGUACAUAGGAACCAAAGGCUCUGUGCUGAAGAAGAUCAGGGUACCCAGGUCUAUGCUCAUGAUAUCUCUGCCUUGGUCAGCAAUUCAAGCUUUCACCUUGUGAUUUUGGGACUGGGGAAUGAUGGCCAUACUGCCUCCAUCUUCCCCGGCUCCAAGAAUGGGAUCACAGGAGAUGAAAUGGUGGUGUUUUCAAAAAGUCCAGUGAAGCCUAACGACAGGAUGAGCCUUAGCCUUCCACUCAUUAAUAAAGCCCAGAAAGUCGCCGUCCUUGUCCUAGGUAAAGGGAAGCACGAUAUUGUAACUCUCAUUAGCAGAGCAGAAAGCAAUCCCAAUAAAUGGCCCAUCUUUGGAAUAAAACCAACAUCUGGACAGUUGGUAUGGUACAUUGAUUAUGAAACUCUGUUUAAGUAAAAAAAAAAAAA